AUGAGUUCUCAUCAGCAGAAGCAGCCUUGCACCCCUCCCCCUCAGCCUCAGCAGCAGCAGGUGAAACAGCCCUGCCAGCCACCACCCCAGGAAUCAUGUGUCCCCAAAACCAAUGAGCCAUGCCACCCCAAGGCUCCAGAGCCCUGCCACCCCAAGGCUCCAGAGCCUUGCCAUCCCAAAGCACCAGAAUCCUGCCACCCCAAGGUUCCUGAGCCAUGUCCCUCAACAGUCACUCCAGCACCAGCUCAGCAGAAGACCAAGCAGAAGUAA